ACAUCUUAAGCAGUGUAUACCAAUAUUUUUGUUUUAUUCUUGCAACUUUGUUUAUUAUCAAUUUCCUGAGAAAUUUGAAAACAAUUAAACUUUUGAAAAUGCCAAUUAAAGAGCAUGAUUAAACAGUUCAAACAAAGUAAGUGAAAAGAAAACAUCGGAAAAGACUAGAUUGAAAGUUGUUGUUUUUUACCUGUCCGCAUGAAAGAACAAAACAGGAAAUAAUUGUCAUUAGCAAUUUCAAAGACGUUUUACAGAUUCAAAGCAAUGUGAAUUUAAUUGAAAAGUUGUUGUGUAUUUUCACAUCUGAUGGAGUUACUGAAAAUGUUGUUUUAACGACAUAAAUUACGUUAAAAUUUUCCAGAGUUCUUUGGAGAAAAUUGAAGACUGAUUUCUGUGACUGAUUUCUUCACGAAUAAUUACCGGACUAUUUUGGAAAUAGUUUUAAAGAUUGGUCAGGCCACAGGGACAUAAAGAUACAGAGUUUGGUGAAACAUUUGGUUGCAAUGGACCCGUGUAACAGUACAAUCACUGAAAACAUAUCAGCGUCAUCGUUGUUAGCGCCACAAAAUGGGUCGGAAUCAAUCUCGACCGAGCAGGCGGACAUGGAAAAACUUAUCACUUACUACACAAUGGAAGUAGGUGUGCCUAUUGUGUGUGGUUUUGGAAUGAUUGGAAAUGUGCUCAAUUUUAUGGUGCUCACUCGUGAAAAAAUAAGUAGGUCAUUGACAAAAAUGGAAAAAUCGGCUCACAUUGGAUUAAUCGGACUUGCGAUUUCAGACUUCAUGUUUUGCCUACUGGCAUUCAUCUACACUCAAAUUGAGUUCGAUAAAAAGUACUCAGAAUUUAGUGGGGUACUGUUCUUUCAUUGGUUGGGCGGAGCCCUUAUUACAUGGUUUAUCGUGACAAGCACUUGGCUGACAGUUGCUAUGGCAGGUGAACGCUAUCUUGCUGUGUGUCAUCCAUUCAAAGCACGAAAACUGAUAUCGUUAAAAAAGACCAGGAUUAUCAUUGCAGUUGUGUAUUUUGUAUGCUUAGCAUUAACCAUUCCCAUAGGCUUCGAGAAGAUAAUAAAAGAACAUUUAGACUGUGAUGGUAAAAUUUAUUACAAGAUAGAAUCAAGACCAGAAUUUACUGAAAAGGUUGUUGUGAUACGAAGGCUUAUUUGGGCUAUACUGUUUGACUUCAUUCCAUGCAUAGCCCUACUAUAUUUCAAUGUCUGCCUGAUCUAUAAAAUUCACACAGCCAAAACGCUCAGAAAUGCAAUGGCUCCUGCUCAGAAAAAUGAAGUCCUUCUUACAAAAUAUCCACGAGAGCUGUUCUCUUACAAUUCGAACAGUAUGUCAUCAAAUUACUCUGUGAAAGAUAGACACGCCCAUUCUUUCAUACACUAUUCACCAACACAUCACAAACAUCGACGACAUUCAAAUAAUGAUGAACACCGGACAUACACUAAUAAAAGCUGGCGUUACAGUCCUCAACAAUCAUUAUCGCGGAACGCAACGCCACAAAAGAAACAAAUGCGAGCGAGACGGCGGCAAACAGAUAACGCCUUAAACAGUGUAACGGCAACCCUCGUUGCUGUUGUAGUCCUAUUCCUCAUUUUAGUAUCGCCUUCAGAAAUUUUAAAGUUCAUUUACCAAGUUGGCGGAGGAAGUAACACUUACACAAGUAAAAUUGUACAAAGUAUUACAAACUUAAUGCAGGCAAUCAACUUUUCUGUAAAUUUCGUGUUGUAUUGUGCGGUGAACAAGUCAUUUAGGAGUAGCCUUGCUGCAAUUUUCUGCUUCUUCUGCAAAAGGGGACGUCAUGCGUUUAAACUCAGAUCAUUAGAACGUGCCUACUGUCACAAAAUGGAAUUCUCUGAAUCAGAGUCGUAAAUCAAAUUCGAGAAAAACAGAUUUAUUGACAGCAGUUACGGAAGUAAUGCACUGUUAUUCUCACAAAUUGCCACCCAAAAAGGUUCUCAAACUUUGUGAGCAAUGAAUGUAACACGAACUUUCCAGAGUGACAAUGAUGGGAACCAAUAGAAACAGUCAUUAGUUUUGAAACAACUCAAUUUAAUUUACAAUAAAUUACGAGGAUGUAGAAGUUACUCUUGACAGGGAUGACAAAAACUUUCUGAAAUGAAAAAUAAAUAUCUAUUGGCACUUACAACAAAAAUAAUGAUAAUAUAAAUUCAUCACCUUUUAAAAUAAAAUUACUUUGUAUUAUUCUCACAAAUCUGGGAUAUUUUAUUAACUUGCACUUGUUGAUCAAAAUUUUUAUAUAACUUUGUAGCCCUGAUUUCUAAAAGACACAUUCAUAUUCUAAUAUAUUUU